ACGCCUCGUACGUCAUGAGCCGCACCGUUGACUCGCACUUCCCGGACGUGUGCAACAAAGUGUUGAAAUGCUCUCGAGUCCAGUCGGCCAUCAAAGAGGCCGCCGGCGAAGAGUUCAACGAAUUGCUUGAAGAAGAAGCAGGUCUGAUGGAGGAGAAAGAGCUAAAAGUAUUGGAGCGAAAGCAUAGGUCGCGUGCAAUAGAUAUACUUCAACGGAUGAAGUCCUGUAUCUCCGGUUCGUUGCUUCGGAUCGCCGGUUGGGUUCUCUAUAAACUGCUCUCCAAAAUACUCACUACUAUUCAGUUUCAUAAAGGCCAAAUCGAGGCACUGCGUCGGUGUCGGAGCGCGUCGGCCAAUAUACCCAUCGUUUAUCUACCCCUUCAUCGCUCACAUCUCGACUAUAUAUUGUUCUUCAUCGAAGGCGGGCGCUCUCGUAGUGGCAAAGCGUUGACACCGAAGUCGGGUCUCCUCUCUGUGGUCGCCGACUGUAUUCUCUCAGGCGAAGUGGAGGACGUGUUUAUAGUUCCGGUCGCCAUAUCCUAUGAGAAGCUGAUCGACGGCUCGUUUGUGAGCGAACAGUUGGGUAAACCAAAAGUGGCCGAGAAUUUCACGUUAGCCGCCCGUUCCAUAUGGUCUACACUUCACUCCAACUUCGGCUCCGUUAGAGUCGACUUCUGUCAGCCAUUUUCACUCAAAGACUAUUUACAUAACGCGUCCUUCAAUAUACUGAACAGCCAUUUGAUUAUUAACAACAAAAUCCAUGACAAAUCCGCUCACAAAUUGUCCGAAUGUGUCGCCUGUUCUGGCGUGCGAAAAGCCUCGUCCUUACAAUCACUUUACGGACUCGAUGUGGUUGUGUCCGAAGACAAGAGGCAAACCAUCGAGAAACUGGCCGAACACGUGAUCUACGAUGCGUUCAAUGCGAUGCCCUUAAUGUCUACACAAUUGGUGUCAUUCCUAUUGCUAACCAAACACCGAAAGGGCACAACUCUUCACCAAUUGGGCCAAAGUCUCAAUUGGUUGCGCGAAGAGUGCGAUCGCCGUAACCGCGAGCUCUCGAUCACUGGCGACUCACUGGAUGUGAUCCGCACGGCUUGCGGUCUUCUCGGCAAAGAGCUGGUGGCCAUCGAGAAGAUCUCAAUGGCGUGGUCGUCAUCGGACGGCAUGGGCGCCAUCACUGAGAAUAAUAACGUUAAGAUUGUAUUUCUCAAACCGUCUAUUAAAUUACCCCACGUUCUGGAACUUCAGUAUUACUCCAACUCUUGUAUUUCGGUUUUUCUCACCGAUUCAGUCGUCGUGAACGCUUUGUUUGCCAUAAUUAACACUCAAUUGGAAUCUCUGACCGCUUGUGGCGAUAAUAUGGAGAGCAAUAUAACCAUUGAUUUCAAUGAAUUGGUUGACAAAUCGGUAGAGCUCUGCGAAAUACUUCACAACGACUUUGUCUUCGCACCGCCGUGCGCUAACAUACGGGACAUAAUAAUGGAUAAAAUCGAGAGUUAUGUCAUUUACGGUGUGUUAUGUGAGGCCAUUAAGAACCCGUCGUCCGACCUUCAGCUCCGACAACGUUAUCGUCAGUUUGACUUCGACGAGGAGGAAGAGGACGAUGGAUACGUGGGCUUCAGAAACGGGUUCACAAAACGCGAGCUCCGGCUGGUGUUGAGCGACGAGAAUAAGCAGACAAUCAGUUUCUAUCGGUCUGUGCUGUCCUCAUAUAUCGAGUCGUAUUGGGUCGCGGCCUCAGCGCUCACACAACUCAUUGGUGUCGACUCUCUCGACGAGAAGUCAUUCUUCAACCGAAUGAUAGACAUCGCGAAACAGAAGCAACAGAAAGGACUCAUAUUUCACGAGGAAUGUAUAGCCGCCGAGCCGUUCAAGAAUGCGGUGAAACUGUUUGAGAGCUGGAAUGUGUUAAAUGUGCGGACAAACGGGUCGGCCGUCCGCCACAUUGGACUGAAUCCAGAAUUCAAAUCGAUUGUAACGCUAAACGAUGUGAUCGCAAGAAUCGAAGAAUUCAAGAAUUAA